UCCAGCAACAUACGUGUUGAUUGUUUGUGACUCCUUUGUUGUGAUCUCGAAAUCGAAUGUUUAGUUUUUCGUUUGUUUGAUAAAAGAAAAAGUGCUGACUGUUUACAUUAUUUGAUCACUAUUUUUUAAAAGUCUAACUGCGCGAAGUGCUACAGUGGAUUUAAUUUGCUUCGGAGGAAAAGAAUUAUUUAUUUGUGUUUAUAAGAUAUCGCGAUCGGUUUGGCUGGAUUCAUCCCAAGAAUAAAUUCACUGUUGGAGCAUUGCUGGAAUGGAGGAGGAGGCUAUGGAUUUUAUACCGGUGCGCAGGAGACGAGGUCGCCGUUCGGCACCGCAACACAGUGCCAGUACGGAAAAUCUUGAUCACUCAAAGUACCUCGCCGCUAGUACGAACAAGCCCAAGCGAUCCAACAUGAAGAGCAAAUCCUGCAACGAGUUGAGCAUCGUGGGCCGCGAGGAACGCCACCGAGCCGCCGGUGGUCACAUGCGCCGCUGCAUCUGUCGCUGGGUCAUGUCCUACGGACGGUCCACCAACCUGUGCGAGCAGCUGAUCGAUUACGACGAGAUGGGCUGUGCCGUUUGCCGUCUGAAUUUUCACUCGGAACAGAACCGACUGGAUCACUUCAGCGAGCACGGUAAAGAGUUCACCAACCUCUUGAAGGUUGGGGAUCGCCGCAUUACUCGCAAUGCUUUUCGCCUGGAGAUUAAGUAUUUGCCGAAGUACUCGCGGAUGAUCAUUCGAGUUGAGAACGAUUCGAAUUCUGUGCUGAUACUACGAUCAGUUUAUCUACUGCAAUUGGAUCAACGGCUGGAUCCAACUCUUGGCGGCGCUGUCCGAAUGAACCCGGGCUAUAGGUACGAGAUUGAACAUUCAAUCGGGAAUUGUAUUCCGAACCAUGUCUAUACGGUGGUCCUGAUGGCUACCAUUGCCGAUAGUCAGGUGGAAUUGGUCGAGCAGUACCAUGUGCAGAUGUUGAAGAACACGAAGAUCGUAGGGAACCCUCUGAAGUUGGACAUUUUGCCGUACCAUCACAUUCCCGCGUAUUUGAUUGCGCUGCAUAAGAAUCACUUUGAGCACAGUAACACUUUCAAUCGCUUGGCGAUCCUCUGCCUAGAGAAUCUUCGUCAAUAUAUCAAACAAGGUUUGACCGCGAUCAACUACGUAGAACAUCUCCGGCUACUUGACAUGAUCGAGGACUACGAUCUGCAGACGACUUUUGCCACCUAUACGAUCUACAACGCUACUAUUACACCGGCCGAGCAGAUUCGGCGGUACAUCAUAAGCGUCGAUCAGUUUAAGGUCCCUCCAACGCUGCUGGAAGAGGACGGCUACGUAAGGAUCACCGUCCAGAAGACCAAUAAUGUCCAAGGUAGAAAUCAUCUGGAGUUCAUCAACGGAUACAUUGACGCUAUCAGUGAUGGGGAGAUCGUGGUUACCAUGCAACAGCCAAUUCGUUUCCACCUUCCCUGCCGGGUGGAGUUUCCGCUGAAUCGUACCCAGUACAAGCUGGAAUACAACGCGCUAAACCUGAUCAGUCGAAUUGAUUUGGAAAAGUUCCUAUUUCCCAAAUCGUUGCCCAGCAAGAAGAAGCCAGUCCGACAAACCGAGUUCCAUUGGUUCCAGCCUACGAUCGCCGCAAAUCAAGAGCAAAUGACCGCCAUCCGGAACAUCGUUAACAUGACAUCCUUCCCCGCUCCGUACAUCCUGUUCGGCCCACCCGGGACCGGUAAGACGUCCACCAUCGUUGAAGCCGUUCUACAGAUAUGGCAGAACCAACCGAAGGCAAACGUCCUGGUGGCCGCAUCGUCCAACUUUGCUUGCGAUGAACUUACGAAACGUCUGAAGCAAUUCGUACCGGAAAAAGACAUUUUUCGAUUCUACUCCCGUUCCUGUGAGCGCAAGAUCGAUGGAAUUGACAUCGGAAUCUUGGAGAUAUCCAAUUUGGCAACUGGUAUCUACGAACUUCCAUCCUACGAACACGUUUACCAAAGUCGGAUUAUCGUCAGCACCGUAACCAACUGCGGGCGGUUUGCGCAAGCCCGUAUCAGUCCCACGUUCUUCGAUUACAUCUUUAUUGACGAGUGUGGAAGUGCCAAGGAGGUAUCGGCUUUGGUUCCGAUUGCCGGCGUUGGCACCGAAGGCGCUCAGAUACACGCAAGCGUCAUCAUGGCUGGCGAUCCGAAACAGCUCGGACCUGUUGUUCGCACCGAAUACCUGAAACAAACCGUUCACAACACAUCGAUGUUGGAACGUCUUAUGUCCCAGGGUAUCUACAAACGGAACCGAGGUCAUUACAAUCCGUACGUCAUUACCAAACUGUUGGACAACUACCGCUCGCAUGCGUCGUUGAUCCACUACUCGAACCAGUGGUUCUACGACGGUGAAUUGCGAGCCCGAGCUUCACAUGUGCUCACGGACUGGGCAAUCGGUUGGGAUUACCUCCCGAACCCAGCAUUCCCAAUCAUCAUGCAUUCGGUUGUCGGUGUCACCCAAACGAACCGUCAGUCUUGCAGUUCAUACAACAAACAAGAAUCCCGUCGUGUUCUACAGUACAUCCAAAAGAUCCUCACCGAUGGAAUCAACGAGCGUUCAAUCCGCGAGGAAGACAUCGGUGUCGUGGCACCUUACGCAAAACAGGUUGAAUAUAUUAGGCAGGGCUGCCGCAACUAUGGUUGGGAUAACGUCGAGGUAGGUUCUGCGGAGCAGUACCAAGGUCGUGAGAAACCCAUCAUCAUCCUAUCCACAGUGCGCUCCGAUUGCACACACGUGGGAUUUUUGUCGAACAGCAAACGGCUCAAUGUGGCCAUUACCCGUGCGCGGGCUCUGAUGAUCAUCGUGGGCAACCCAGAUACAUUGCAACGUGAUCCCCACUGGUAUCGGUUGUUGAGGUACAUAGCGGACAAUCAAGGCAACCGCGGUGUCGAGUUUGAACUUAAGAAGCCGGAGAUCGAUCUAUCCGGUCAUUCGUUUUCUUUCGCAUUGGAGGAGGAGGAUUUUGCUUAGUGUGUUAUUUUGGUUCAGUAUUUUAUUUUCAUUACGUAUUUAUGCCUCAAAGAUCAAAAAUUACCAAAAAAGUGCCAUUUACUAAAUGACAAGCGAGAAGCGAAACAUGUGACGUUCGCUGAUAUAAUGUCGGUUUUGUUGAAUUCGUUCUACUUUAUAGCUGAGAAGCAAUUUAUUUUACAAUCAUAACCCU